GGUUGCGUCGACGAGCAUGCGUUAGAUAAAGCGAGCGCCACGACGCCCGUCAGUUUGGUGGUUUAAUCCGAUGGUCGCGGAUAGUUCGUGAGAAGCGCUAGAUUGUAUUCGACCCGACGUGUGAUGCAUCAAUGAUGAAACUGUUUAACUAACGAUACAGAUUUAAAGAUGUGGAGUGCGGUGCUUGUCAUGGGCGUUUUAAGUGCGUCGGGAGAAGCUUUGGACGUUAGGAGUAGAAAGGAAGACGCUGCUUUGUGGAGGACCACCAAACUUAAACGUAUAGAUUUUCCGGAGAACUGCACCUACUCCUCUUGUACAUGUCCAGAAAACCAACCGUGCGAGGAGUGCCUCGAGUGCCCAAGACAAGUUGGCGAGCCCUGCAGUCCACACAAGCUGUGCGACAGUAGAAGAGGCAUAUUUUGUCGAUACCGUCACGGUGACAUCGACGGUAUUUGCCAAGAAUCGGGAGGUCUCCCCUGUUUGGUGUAUAAUAAAACGUACGAGCAUGGUGAAACAUUCACGUUAGACUGUCGUACACAAUGUACAUGUCAGAACGGCACUUAUGGUUGCUCCUCCUUGUGCCCUCAAGAGCGCAUAUCUCCAAAAGGAACAUGUAAGCACCCACGACUGGUGGACGUCCCCGGACAGUGCUGUCGUGAGUGGAUGUGCGACAGCCAAACAGUAGAAGAACCACCAUCUUGCCAGCCAAUCUUUUCGAAAUGGUCAACGUGCAGCAGCGAUUGCGGCGCCGGAUUGUCGAGCAGAAGAUCGAACCUGAACGCGAAAUGUGAGCCGUCUACGGAAACGAGAAUAUGUCAGACGAGACGUUGUGACGAUUUCACGCCCGAUGUCGUCCACAGAAAUGAACACCACGUUAGG